GGUUGUGAGUACUAUUUUCAAUAUUAUCCAUGGUGGUGGUGGUGGUCUGUCUUCACUCUUCAGAUGUGGUGAAUGAUAUGUCUACGAUUAUGAGCGCGUAUCCAGGUGCAGCUGCGGCGCUUGGUCUCGGACUUCGGCGGAGCAAGCAACGCUGGUUGUUGUGCAGUGCCAGCGCUAGUGGCAAUGGCAACGGCGUUAACAGCGAGCAGAUGAGUCGGGGUAUUCGCCGAAGAGAAGCAACUCUCGUUGUCAGUACUGGAAUAUGGUUGGCCAAUAUGGUGGUGUCAGUGCCUGCUUCUCAAGCAGCCAAAGAUGAUCCAACGAUAGAGUUGUUGUCUCAGUGCAAAAGCCUCACAAUAGUUCCCUCUGGUCUUGCCUUUUGUGACCUUGUCAUCGGUGCCGGAUCCCAGCCCAUUAAGGGCCAGCUCAUCAAGGCACAUUAUGUUGGAAGAUUUGAGAAUGGAACGGUGUUUGACAGCAGUUAUAAUCGUGGCAAGCCGCUUACUUUCCGUGUUGGUGUUGGGGAGGUGAUUCAAGGAUGGGAUCAGGGCAUUUUGGGCAGUGAUGGGGUUCCACCUAUGCUUCCUGGUGGGAAGCGAAAAUUGAAGGUUCCUCCAGAAUUAGCCUAUGGUAUCAGGGGUGCCGGCUGUAAAGCAGGUUCUUGCAUCAUCCCCCCAAACUCCACCCUUCUUUUUGAUGUAGAGUUUAUUGGGAAGGCCUGAAUUUGCUGUCGCUGCUGCUUCUUUUGUAGAAGACCCUGUUAAGUGAAUGAAUGUUCUGUUAUGCUGUUA